GGACGAUUAUAGAGAUGUACCGAAUGUAGAAUUAGACUACUCGAAUGCCCGAAUGUGCGGCCGCUAUCAUGUUUUCAGGAUUUUAUAACCAAAAUACUUUUUGUAAACGAGUUUCCAUCCAUGUAUAGGGUGAAAACCAUAUGAAUCUGGUCCGAACCAGAACAAUGAUAGCCGGUAUCAAGUUUAAACUUUAGCCAUCAUACCGACCGCGUUUGUAUUCGUGAAGCAACGUAUCGACUUUUAUAUAUUUAUUAAGCUUCAUUUAUAGAAUUAAAAGUAAGCCAAAUUAAAAUAUUUGAAAAAAAUCUCUAAUUUCUCCGAACUUUGUCUUAUCUUUUCGAAUCUCUCGAACCCAUCGAUACACCAGUAGCAGCAUCGAGGCAAUAUCAACGGUCUAUUCAGUUACAUUGUCUAGACACAAUAUUAUCAUUUAUUUCCGCCUCUUUCUCCAUAAAUUCACAUAUCGGCUGUGAGAUAGACUUUUUACACUGAGAAAACUAGAUAUUAAAAUUUACUACAUAUGCAGGAAAAAUUACUAUAUUAUAUAGUAACGGACGGUUAUACUUGCUUUGUAUUAAAUUUUACUAUCUCAGAUAGUAAUUUCCAUAGUGAAAUGAAAUUUUUAAAAAUUAUUAUAUAUUUAUUUAUUUUUUAUUUAUUUAUUUAUUUAUAUAUAUAAUAUAGUAAUUUUUCCUGCAUAUGUAGUAAAUUUUAAUAUCUAGUUCCCUCAGUGUAUACAUUUUUGUUUGGCCGUGAUUUCAUCGCGAGUGGGCUCGCUCUCGUCAGAUAUGUUAUCGAGCACUUGGUGACGAAUUUUUAGGUUGACAGUGUAGGGGGUACUUAUUACGAAAUAGUUUUUUGAUCGCGGCCUCUUGGGUAUGGAAUCGUUAGCUUAUCUUGUGUUUUUCCGAUAAUACAUUGCAUUUGGUAAGCAAAACCUCAUGCAAUAUGACAGUAUUUGGGAAGAAUUGUAAUGCUUCUAUCCGCAUAAUUAUGAUACCUCUGAUUCACCAAAGCUUGGAUCGUUUCAAAAUAUUUUGACAAAAUUAGAAGCACUGCUGUUAAACAACGUCCAUCGAACGAUUCCUACCGAUGCACAAUCUCAUCCCGCCCACGCUGCACACUUGUCAUCGUGUAAAACCUCGUGCAGCGUAUAAAUCACGAACGUGAACCGCUAGGGCAACCCCCGCUCUAAACUAGCAAUAUUUCCGCGCUUCUUAAUUAUUUUUCCAGAGAACCAGUCGUGCAUACGAUGAUGUGCACUACAGCGUUUCGCGGUGACACACUACUCCCGCACGUGAGCGUCUCAUGCUCUCGCGCACGCGUUUUAUAUUUACGGUUUUCUCCACUGCGACGCCAGCGGCUACUUUUUACCGCUGCGGCUUGUGUGCAGCGUCGUUGAGCAGAGAAGGGAAAAACCCGCGGAAAAUUCGCGGAGAGUUCAGCGGCUUAAUUGGCCGGAACGUCGUUCGAGUAUUUUUUCGCCGCGAAAUCGUUAUUCGAUUGGGAAACGUUCACUCGAGCGGAGAUGAUGGAGCUAGAGAUUCGUGCGUGAGUUGAGAGGAAAUGGUUUGACGUCGCUGUUGUUGACUUUUUUCGUUUUACACAUUUCUCGUAUUGAAAGGUGAAAGUCAUUAUCAACGAUUGUGGAAACGAAUUUAACGUGAUAUCUUUGUGUGCGAGUUUGACGAUGAAUAUUUAUAAAAAUCGCAUUUUGCUUAUUAUUCAUCCCACUCGAAAGCGAGGCAAAUAAGUAAAUAUGUAGCAAUUAUUCAUUCACUCGAGAUUAGCGAGUCUUCGCGGCGGCGAGAUUUCGAUGUCUACUAUUAUCAAAUGAGCAAUAAGCUGUAUAGCGUAUCGGGAGGCAAAUAGCGAUAGCGAAGAAAAUUCUGUACGUAACCCAAAGUUACGUACAUUGAAUAGAAAAUAACAAAAAUAGAACAAUCAUAUCCUACUGCGCUGUGUCGCAAUCGCUCAUCAAGAUAACGUACUGCUUUUUCGAAUAAUUUAUGGACAAUUUUUUAUCAGCUAGCGAUUAAUCUUCCUAUUCGAGAUUUGACUUACAUUUACAGAGAACAACAUAUUCAGCUAUAUGUUAUGAAUAAAUAAAUAAAUAAAUAGUUUUAAAAUCAUUGAAAGUGUAUUUAACUUAUUCUCGUCAAUAAUGCUUAAAUAUCUUUCAGUCUAAACGGCAACAAUUAUACUCAAGAAAAACCGACACACUUUUCUUCAAGUUUACGAUUGAUAAACUACUAAUUUCGCAAAUAAAACAAAGACUAUAAUAUAACUGUAUAUACACCGUAACGAGAAUUCUCUUCUAACUCAUCGCGCUCCAAUGAACUUCGCCAAAAAUAUCGAUCGUCUUUCUUAUAUACAACAAUAAACCAUCAUUAAUUUCAAAUCGAGCGCGCUUACAGCUGUGUGUGCGUAUUCAAGGCGGAACUUUUCUACUCCAUCAGCUGGUAUCAAGGCCUUGGAUAAACUAGCCGCCGGUUAAGUGGGUAUUUUCUCUCUGCGUCGCUCUAUAGGGGUGUGCAUAUACUGUAUAGAGACGCGCAGGCUCGGAAAAAGAAGCUCAAGCGGUGACCUUAAACUGGGUCGUGUACCCGCGUUCGCGUUCGCACGAGAACUAAUCCGAUGUUGCAAUUAUAUGCCGAGCCAAAUUGUCUACGAGUACUUGAAAGUUCGUUGAAUCGAGGGCUUUUAACUUUUGCAGCGAGCCAAAUUACAUCGCUUUGGAUAUAAUAACGAUAAUUGUUGAUGCUUUGGAAAGAUGCGAGAAGAAUAUUUUUCUCUAUUUUCAAAGAAAAUAGUUGUACAGAUAUGAAGCUGACAAAGGCUCGACGUUUUAUUCAUGAAGGAAGGCAUAUACUAAAUCGAAGGCAUCAACAACUGCCGAACUUUCUAGCAAAAACCUUCUCUCUAUUAUAGGCGUCGCCUUGUCUCGAGGCUUAUUGGCACUGUACUCAAGUUCAGAAGCGAGUUCGUGUCUGUCGGACUCUGAAAGCCUAUUCUCUUUUUCCCCACAUUUCGAGCGAGAAAAAACACUUUGUGACCUUCUAACAACAUCGAUGAGUAAGUUCCGAACUGGGACGCAGAAUAAUUCAUUGUUAAAAAGAAUGGUUAUUAUAUUUGUUUUCUCUUUUCGUCUUAUAAUGCAUAUUGUUCAUCGUAUAAAGUAGAACUAAAAAAUAGCGAAUAAUUAAUUAAAGUGCAGAGAAAAUUCAUGUAGGUUUUUUAUUCUCUAAAUAUAUUACUUCGUCAUGUGGAGUGAGAGAUUUUUAUUGGAUUUUCAAAAACGUUCGCCUUUGCCAACGAUUCUUAAGAGUUUAUCUUUAUGCAGCAUUAUUUUUAGAAAUGUUAUUUGCGUGUCCAAGAUUUUGAGCUGAAUAUUCUCUAACAUUUCGUGUGCGGACACUAUAAAUAAAUUAUCUCUGUUUAAAAAAAUCUCGUUGAUGUUUUUUUUGUAUAAAUAGUUGAUAAAAAAAAGUUUCUGUAAAUACGUGAUAAUUAUUAGAUUAUCGCGGUAGUUCAUUGUCCCUAAAUGAGUUUCGAUCAGUUUGGUUCUAUUGUAUAUACAAGACCAAAUUUUCGAGACUCAUUAGUGUCAAUCAGUGAUAAUUACGUAAGCAAGGCAAUUGAGUGCAUCGCUUCAUAUCAUGCGAUAAUUGUAGCUCCAUCUCUUACAUCCCCACGUAUUAUUCUAAAUUACAGUUUCUUACUCUUUUCAAAAUUGUUCAAGGAUUAACAAAUUUGUGCAUCAGAAAUUAGUGCUUUUUGAUUUUUUGAAAUAGCUUGAAAAAAAUUAAAACCAAAAUCUCAGUCCGUGCAUCAUUAUUUCGAUUGAAAUGGGUUGGCUUAUAUGAUUUAUUCUAUUUUCACCUGCUAAUUCGCAAUAUCGUUUCCAUUGAAUCCAUAAAUUGCAAUUCAGUAUCGAAGCAAAAGACGUAUACUUUUAAACAUAUACUUACUAUACGAACGAUAAUUAAAUUUUAUCAUAUAUUUAUCGGUAAAAUUUUGCUAUAAAAAUAAAAAAUUAAUGCAGAAAAAAUAUUUCGCGGCUUACAAUGUUUCAGAUGCCUCGUAAACCUAAUAAAAACGAAGCGGAUAAAAAUGAAGUUCAGAGCGACGCACAAAUUUAAUAAUCAAACGAUAAACUCCAACUUUUAUGAAAGUUAACAGAUAAAUAAUAAUAGUAUUUAACCAUCAGCGCUUAAUUUAUAUAUAAACGCACGCAGGUGACGUUGAGUUUAAGUCUAAUGGUCAUUACUCGUCCUUGAACAACCCCCCAAUAAACUUAAACGCAUAGGUCAAUAUCAAAAGUUUUAAAGUGCCGAUAUAGCCCCAAUGAGUGACAUAUCUUGAUAGCAAAGAUUAACUUAUUUUCAAGCGCGCACGAGAGAGCGGUAAAAUUUACAAUAGUUACGUCACUCACUUAUGCAGUUAAGAUCCACACUUGACACACGCACGUCUCGUGCACACACACACACGGUUUCUAGAAUUGAAAUUGAUAGCAGAGGAAACUUUUAAGUUCGAAAAACUACGUAGCCCGUGUGGGUUAUCUUAUCGUGACGAAAUCCUCUAUCUUUUCAAGUCCGCGACUCGACGACUCGUGUCGUCUCUUGGAUUUCUAGAAAAGCUCGACUUGUAAAUAAACAGAAAAAGCCUGUGCUGAGCAGCCAAACUACAACCAAACAUUACUACCAAGAAAGGUUAUGUUACCCAAAACAAAUGCGAAUGACAACAACAACAUGGAAGGCAUGAAAGUAUCUAAACAUGCUUUGCAGCUUGCAGAUGAGUUACGGAUAGGAUAUAUUUUUGAUGGGCAAGAAAAGAUGCAAAAAUGGAAUGAAAUGUGAAAGGCCGCGGAAUAAAAAUCUUUUCACCAAUAAUUUUGCACGUGACAAAAAUGGAGCUUCCCACUCCAACUCCAGAAGAUCUCCAGCGAAAAUUGUAUUUUCUAAUGGAGCAGCUUCAACAGAUGGCUAGUGAACUACCACCGAAAUAUCAAAUGCGCCUGCCAUAUGAAUUGCUUUCUGGUCUAGCAAACUGCUUAUUAAAUGAUACUAUUUUUGAAAUAGUAAAAGGCUUAAUGGAAAUACAACAUGUGACUGAGAAACACUUGUUCCAACAGCGUCUUCAACUGAUCAAUCAACACCGAAUAGAAAUUACACAAGUCCUAUCAAAACUCGUGACAGAUGAAGAAAAGGAAACUGUAAAACAAUCUUUAUUUCUUAAACAUAAAGAACAAUUGAAGCAACAAGACACAAAAUUGGUAUUGCAAUUGGAUCAAAAGGUAGCUGAUCAACAGAGUAUUUUGGAAAAAGCAGGAGUACCAGGAUUUUAUGUGACUAAUAAUCCCAUUGACAUUCAAGUGCAAAUGAGACUGUGUGAUUUUAUUAUUAGGCUUAGUAAAAUGGAAGUUCCUAGGUACUAAAUGUAUAACAAGUAAUAUAAAUUGUAAUAUGUUUACCAUAUUUUUGAUAUAAUUUUUUCUUAAAUUAAAAUAAUAAACUUUAGUUAUGCUUACUUCAUUUGUUGAAGAGAUGAGGACUUUUUAUAUUAAAAAUGUCAAAUACACUAUUUUCAAAUAACAAUUUUUAUUUGUACAAAGCUUACAAUCUAUUUUUUAUCAUUAAGAGUAAAAAUAAUUAAAUUAUAUCAUAUUGAAGUCAAACAAAUUGCUGAGGUAUUCUCAAGCAGUAACAAAAUGUUUUGUGAAAAAUAUUACAAUUGCUGUACAUAUUUACAGAGUUGGGUACUUGCUUUUUUGUAAUCAUUCACUAUUUAGUACAGUUUUAAAAAAUAAAGAUUUUCACGUGUAUGUCUAUAUACCUAUUUUACACCCAAUAUAUACUGUAUUCACUUGUAAAGUUUCAAAAGACAAAUUUGAUUUUCAUUUGAAACUUCUAACCUACUUUUUAGUGAAAUAUUUUGAAAAAAACUUUGAAUGAAAUUUGACAGUGUCUAAUAAAGCAAAUAAUAAUGCUUUGAUCAUUAAUGAAAAGAAUAUUAAUCGGGAAUGUGGUGAUUUUACUAAGAUCCAAAACUUAUAUA